CCGGGCGGCCCCCGGCUUUUGCGAGCGGCGCGGCGGGCCUGCGAGCUGGAGUUGCAGCCGCUUCCUCGACCUCCUUCUCGUGUUCGGCGGCCGGCCCGGUAAAGCCCGGCCCGCGCAGCGGGCAGGCGGCGGCUGCCUCAGGCGGAGGCGGAGGUGCGGCGGAGGGUGGGGGCCGCUCCCUUCGCAGGAGCCCGGGCCGGCCCGCGCCUUUGCACCGUGCUCCAUGCAUCCGGAGCCCGCCCCGCCCCCGAACAGCAGCAGCCCCGAGCUUCCCCUCAGCGGCGGCAGCACCACCAGCGGCAGCCGCCGGAGCCGCCGCCGCAGCGGGGACGGGGAGCCCCCGGGGUCGCCGCCACCGCCAGCCGCCGUCACCUACCCGGACUGGAUCGGCCAGAGUUACUCCGAGGUGAUGAGCCUCAACGAGCACUCGAUGCAGGCGCUGUCCUGGCGCAAGCUCUACUUGAGUCGCGCCAAGCUCAAAGCCUCCAGCCGGACCUCGGCUUUGCUCUCCGGUUUCGCCAUGGUGGCGAUGGUGGAGGUACAGCUGGACGCCGACCACGACUACCCGCCGGGGCUGCUCAUCGCCUUCAGUGCCUGCACCACGGUGCUGGUGGCCGUGCACCUGUUCGCGCUCAUGAUCAGCACCUGCAUCCUGCCAAACAUCGAGGCGGUGAGCAACGUGCACAACCUCAACUCGGUCAAGGAGUCACCCCAUGAGCGCAUGCAUCGCCACAUCGAGCUGGCCUGGGCCUUCUCCACCGUCAUCGGCACGCUGCUCUUCCUGGCCGAGGUCGUGCUGCUCUGCUGGGUCAAGUUCUUGCCCCUCAAGAAGCAGCCGGGGCAGCCCCGGCCCACCAGCAAGCCCACAGCUGGCGGCGUGGUGGCCAGCGUCAACGGCAGCACGGGUGGCAUCACCCCGGGCCAGGCCGCCGCCAUCGCCUCCACCACCAUCAUGGUCCCCUUCGGCCUGGUCUUUAUCGUCUUUGCCGUCCACUUCUACCGCUCACUGGUCAGCCAUAAGACGGACCGGCAGUUCCAGGAGCUCAACGAGCUGGCCGAGUUCGCCCGCCUGCAGGACCAGCUGGACCACAGAGGGGAUCACCCCCUGACGCACGCCGGUCACUACGCGUAAGCCCUUGUGGGCCCGGGCUCUGCAGAUCCCUGGCCUGUUGCCGCUCCCCACGACCUCGUCCUGCCCCAACCUCGAGGACAGCCAGCCAGCUCUGGGGAUUGGGCUUCUGUCCAGGGGCAGAGAGUGGAGGGAGGAGGCUUUUUUUUUUUUUUUUUUUUUUUU